GCCGACUCUCCUAACUGCCCUCGUCUCCUUCCUCAGCUCAUUUUUCUACUUCGCUUCCAAUUUCCUCCUCUGCUCACUGAAUCAUUUUAGGGUUUCGGAGAAUGUACUUGAAUGGAGGAGGAUUGGAAGGAACGAGUCUCCCGGCGGACGCCAGCCUGGUUCUCACCUCGGAUCCCAAACCCCGUCUCCGGUGGACGGCUGAGCUCCACGAUCGCUUCGUCGAUUCCGUCGCCCAGCUCGGAGGCCCCGACAAAGCAACGCCAAAGGCCAUACUGAGGAUCAUGAAUGUAAAAGGACUUACACUAUAUCAUUUGAAGAGUCAUCUUCAGAAAUACAGAAUGGGGAAGCAAUCAUCAAAGGAUCUUGAAAACUCUAUUGAUGGGAAUGCAGUCUCUGCUGCUGUGGAAAGUCAGGGAAGUACAUGCGCAACAUCUACGCUUGCAACUCCAGAACAUAACGAUGGGUGCAAUGAGGCAAUGAGAGUACAAAUGGAACUUCAGAGAAGACUGCAUGAACAACUUGAGGUACAGCGAAGCCUUCAACUACGGAUUGAAGCGCAGGGUAAGUACCUUGAAACUAUUCUGGAAAGAGCAUGCAACGCUCUUGUGGAUCAAAAUCUUAGAACAAAUGAGAUUGAAUCAAGCAAACAAAAAUCCCCAGAAUUCGCAAACAGGGAAACCCAAGGAUGCUUGGGCUUCUCAAUUGAACCUCUCCAUCUUCCUUUCCUGUCUGAAAUAACUGGAGCAUGCCCGGAAGCGAAAUCUGGGAACCGAAUUCAACAGAUGAAUAAAAGGCCACGCACUAUGCUUUUCAAUGGUCAAUUGAACUUUGGUGCUAGUCUUCAUGAUGAACAAUCAUGGAUGAGUUCAGUGUGAACCAAACAUUUAUUUGUGUUGGGAUAUUUACAUGCAUACCACUAUAUUUCAUACUAUUUUCAUAUCUAACCUCUAAAACAUUAAUAUU